UCCUCUAUUCAUUAAUUUAAAAAAUAAAAUCAAAAAAUCAAAAUAAAUAGAUGCAGAAGUAAUGCAUUGAAAACUUGAGAAGCAAGCAUGGAGUUGGACGAGAUCAAAAGGAGCAUGCUGAAUCUUUUGCCUAAUGCCACUCUCCAGCUUUGCUGUUACACAGUGGUUCUCAUCGUCUCGUUGAUGUGGUUGAUGCGUGGGAUAGCCAGGGUCUUGCGUGACUCUCAUUGGGAAUCAAUUGCCAAGAUUCCUCCCGGGAGUAGAGGACUACCCUUGAUCGGAGAAACUCUGCACUUCAUGGCUGCCACCAGCUCUUCCAAAGGCUUCUAUGACUUUGUUCAUAUUCGUCAACUCCGGUAUGGAAACUGUUUUAGGACCAGCAUAUUUGGGCAGACUCAUGUUUUUGUUUCAAGCACGGAGUCGGCAAAAGUGGUACUGAACAAUGAAGUGGGGAAGUUCACAAAGAGAUACAUAAAAUCAAUCGCAGAGCUAGUGGGAAAUGAGAGCCUACUGUGUGCAUCUCAUCAGCACCACAAAUUGAUCCGUGGUCGUCUGAUCAAUCUCUUCUCUACUGCUUCCAUUUCCUCAUUUAUCAAACAGUUUGAUCAACUGAUUGUCACUACUCUCAGUGGCUGGGAACACAAACCCACUGUGGUUGUGCUCCAUGAAGCUCUUGAGCUAAUCUGUAAAGCCAUGUGCAAGAUGUUGAUGAGUUUAGAGAGCGGAGAUGAAGUAGAGAUGCUGCAAAAGGAUGUUGCCCAUGUUUGUGAAGCAAUGAUUGCCUUCCCUUUGAGGCUACCCUGCACUCGAUUCUAUAGAGGCCUUGAGGCAAGAAAAAGAGUAAUGAAAAUGCUGGAGAAGAAAAUCGAGGAAAGGAGAAGAGGAGAAGCCUAUCAUGAAGACUUUCUACAACAUCUCCUGAAAGACAAUGGUAAUGCCUGUUGUGAUGAAGUCCCGCCCUUAACGGAUGCAGAGAUCCAAGAUAACAUUUUAACCAUGAUAAUUGCAGGCCAGGAUACAACAGCAAGUGCAAUCACUUGGAUGGUUAAGUACCUGGACGAGAACCAACAUGUCCUCCACGCACUCAGAGCAGAGCAAGGCCGAAUUGCAGAAAAAACUUCACACGCCUCGUCUCUUACACUAGAUGAUCUUAAUGAGAUGCCAUAUGCUUCUAAGGUGGUGAAAGAAUCGUUAAGGAUGGCAUCUAUAGUAGCAUGGCUCCCAAGAGUAGCCCUCCAGGACUGUGAGGUUCAAGGGUUUAAGAUCAAGAAGGGGUGGAACAUCAAUAUUGAUGCUAGAUCUAUACAUCUUGAUCCUACGUUGUACAACAAUCCCACCAUGUUCAUUCCUUCCAGGUUUGAUGGUGAAUCAAAACCAAAUAGCUUUUUAGCUUUCGGAACUGGGGGGAGGACAUGCCUGGGAAUGAACAUGGCUAAAGCCAUGAUGCUAGUCUUUCUGCACCGCCUGAUUACCACGUACAACUGGACGGUAGUGAACCCGGAUUCAAGCAUCGAGAAGUGGGCUCUAUUCUCGAGACUAAAAAGCGGCUGCCCCAUUCAUGUUAGCCCGAUUGCAAAGGAUGCAGCGGACGCGUAAGCAAGAUAUGGACCAGAAUUUGAUGUACAAAGGAAAAAGGAAUAGUUUGUGUAUAAAUUGAUUACUGGGUAGUUAGUUGCAGCUGGGAUUAGGCAGGGUUUUGCCUAACCUCCACCCAUCAUCCUGGGUUGGUGUGUGCAUGUAUGCACGUGUAUGAAUGGCUUGGAUUUGAAAUUUCUAAGAGUUUAGGGUAGUAUUUGAUUAUUGUAAAAUGCAGAUGACAUUGUUGUAAAUUAAUGUUAAAUUCGUAUAUUUUCA